AUGAAACUGUGUUUAAUGGACUUGUUCGUUGAUCAACCACCCAAAUUAGAAACUCUGUACGAUGGACUCCACGCAGUGCGAGGCACCUGGCAUGAGCGUUUAGGCCAGGUUGUGGGACUUGCGGCUGUGUGCUGCGGUGCGGCCUUCGUGAGCGUGCACCUCUACUGCCCGUACCAAUCGUGUUUCGUGGUCAUGUCUUCGAGGGGGCCCCUGGCGGAGGUGCUUCAGACCGGGGACAUCCACCUCGCGGACACCUCAGCGGGGCCCGCCAGUCUGCAGACCAGUCGCCUAGCCCGCCUGGGCAGCGGGGGAGGUGUGGCGGGACAUGGCGGCUUCUUCGGAGCCUCCAGCGCCUCCUACGCCUCGUGCCUCAGCUCUCCAGGGGAGCCGACCAGUUUGCAGCUGCUGCUGAGGGGCAAGGUCACGAUUUGCCGCUCGCCUCCAGCGGCCGCUGUGCGAGUCACCGGCAACGGCAGCAGCGCCGCCGCCGCCGCCGCAGAAGUGCAGCUUCCGCCGGAUUGGCGGCAGCUGUACCAUAACGCGCAGCUCAGCGACUUCACUGCGGUGCCGAUCCUGGAUGGCAAUGGGGCGUUGGUCGCGGCGGUGACGGUGGCUGGGCCCGCAUCGGCGGCUAGUGCGGUGGGCGCGGCCGCCGACGGCGGUGGCGGCGCCGGCGCGGGAACGCCCCGUCUGGCGGAUCAGGUCCAUCAGUUUGAGCGCUUUGCCCGGGUCCUCGGACUCGCCUUCUUCUCUGACCCUAAGCAGCUGUCGUCGUGUAUGCUGGCUGCGUCCACAUUGGCUGCCGUACAGCGGGCGGAAACCCUGCAGGCACUCGUGGAAGCCUCACACGAGGGUUUCGGAGCUCUCUUGGAGCGCCACUUCCGGCUGGAGGGCGCCCGCUGCGUGCUGGCGCUGUCGGACUCCAUGGAAGCCCGAGUGGCGUAUUUUGGGCCGCCGCCGCCGCCGGCGGGGGUGGGAGUGGUGGGGGGUGCGGGAGGGCAGGGUGGCCCCGCGGUCGCGGCCGUGUCGGCCGCCGGGACCGCGGGGGUGAUCUCCCCGUCUGCGGUGAUUGGCGGCGGCGGCGGCGGCGGCGGCGGCGUCAUCGUGGCUGGGGGUUCUGCUGUCGCUGUGGGCGCUGCCUUGCUGAUGUCACGGAGUCCGGCGUCUUCGCAACAGGGACCUGGGGUAUCUGGAGCGUUCGUUCAGUCUAUGUCUGUCGGCACGUCUGCGCCGCUCCAGGGGGUGCUAGGUCCCCUCAUGGACACGCUGUUGCUGGACGUGGUGUCCAGGGAAGGGCCGGGUAACGGCCGGGUGGUCGCCAACUGCCGGGCGUACCUGCAGCAGGAGGACAAGCCGGGGAGGGAUGUGCAGGUCUGCUUUCAGCUGUGCCGCAUGCCGCCGGCCUGUUUGGCGCUGGCGGUGGUGGGGGCCGCCGAGUCCACACUAGCUCCCGAGAUUGCGUUGUACGUGUGUACGGCACAGCAGCAGGUCCCCGCUGGCUUGUUGGAAGAGGUUCGUGCGGAAGCUCAAUGUAUGCUGCAGCUGCUCAUGCCACACAUACACAGACAGCUGUUGGGGCCCCUGGCGGCUGAGUGGUCGGGGAUGAGGCUGCAGGCAGCAGCGGGCUGCGCCAUGGCGGCAGGAGGGGGAGGAGCCAGCGGCGGUGGCGGCGGCGGCGGUGUCGUACUUGAGAGCGGCAGCGCCUCCGUCAACUCGGUGCUGACAGGGCUCAGCGGCGGCGUCAGUCUGGGCGGCCUGUGUCGUACAGUUAGUUUUUCGGUUGAUGACCUGGUCAGCCAGUCGCCGGCGCACCUGAAGACGGUGGUGGCAGGGAUACAGUCAACCAUCACGGCGGCGCAGGUCCACAACUACUUUUUCGAUGUGCUGGUGGUGGGGUACGCCCAGGACGAGGGCAGUAGUCUGCCGGGGCGGCAGCUGCCCGAUGCUGCUGCUGCUGCCGGUGGCGGCGGCGGGGGCGGCGCUGCAAACGGGACGCCGCCCUCAACGCUCAGCACCGGCCCCACCAACCUGGUGAUUGUGAUGGAGUACUGCGACGCCGGCACACUGAAGGACUCCAUGUACAUCUGCCUGCUAGAGGUGGCUCUGGCCCUCCGCCACAUGCACUCCCUGGCGCUGGUCCACUGCGACCUGAAGCCCUCCAACGUGCUGCUCAAGAGCCAGCCAAGAGAUCCAAGGGGGUGGACAUGCAAGGCCCCCGGAGCGGAGGACGGCGGCGGACCCGGCUACCCGUACUUCACCGUCACCCGGGCGCUUGGGACCCUCACACAUAUGGCACCUGAGGUCAUCAGCAAGGGCGCUCUGCUGACCAGCUCCGUGGACGUCUACUCGUUCGGCAUCCUCAUGGCGGAGCUGGCCACCGGCCUCCCCCAGGACCAGUGCAUGCAAGGCAAGGAGGCCAUACAGCUGGCCAGGAAGGGGCUGGUCAAUGUGUUGCAGCUGCUGCUGAGCCAGGACGCAGGCGCCAGUCCUGGCGACGGCGCGGCGGCGGCAGCGGCUGCCCACGCCAGCAACGGCAUCAUGGUCACACCACCGCCGUUGCCAGCACCCGCCGUGGCCUCCCUCGCCGGGCCUGUGUCAGCUGUGGUGCCGCUUCCCGCCUUACCUGAAGCCAGCGCUCCGCCACCGCCGCCGCCGCCGCCGCCAGCAUCAGCCAUCAUGGCGGCGCCGGUGGCAAAUGCUGAUGUGCCGGUGGUGAACGGCGGCCCCUCCCCCUCCGCGUCCUCCCUUAGCAGCAGCGCACAUCAGCUGACCGCCCAACUAAACCCCCCGCCAGCGGGCCAGCAAGCCGUUACCUCGAGAUACGCAGCCGGGGCUACACCGGCACCGGGCAAUGGCGGCGAUGGCAUUGGUGGCGGCGGCGUCGCGGGUAUUGCAGCCCCUGUCGUACUCCCCGGAUCGCCGAUCAUCAUUCCUAAGACCGGCAGCGGUCAGGCGCCGUCUCCCGUACGUUCGGAGUACGACAGCCCCGGGGAACACCACCAUUUCAGCGGGUCGUGCAGCGACACGGCGGCGGUCGCGGAGCGGCUCACCUCCGUUGGCGGCAGCAGUGGUGGCGCCGCUGCCGCCGCGGCGGCUACCACUGCCGCCGCCGCCGCCCGCAGCCCCCACCCUGGGGCGGUGGAGGAGAAGGGCGAGGAGGGGGAGAGGGAAGGGGAGGGGGAGGAGGAGGGGGAGGAGAAGGAGAAGGAGGAGCGCAUGUACCUCCGGGAGCUCAGGAGGCGGGUGCGGCGGUGCCUGUCUUUGUUGCUGUUUUGUGAAGGAGAGCGUGCGGGUUGGGGCCUGGAACUACGGGCUGCGAACGGAACUGUUAGCGUGGCCGGUGGCGGUGCAGACGAGUGA